AUGAUUGAGAAAUGGGACGAGCAGCCAUAUUUGCAAGACCCCAACGUAAUGGGCGAUGAAGACUUUAAUGACUGGAACUGGGAACACGAACUGUCGCGAAAUGAUCUGCCUUGGCGACGGCAGCUCAUUGCCGUAGCAGCAGUACAAGAUGGAAGCUACAAACCCAUUGGGGUCGUUCAAAUCAUUGACCCGCUGCAAGAAGAGUCGCACUACUGGGGCAGCAGCACUGAGGACCUACCGUUGGAAGACACACGAGCUUUGGAUAUCUGGAUUGGAGAACCAGAAUACUUGGGUCGAGGCUAUGGUACCCAAACGAUGAAGCAGGCAUUGGAAGGAAGUUUUGUCUUUGGGGAUACCACCGUUCAAGCAGCUAUUGUCGAUCCCAUGGUCGGCAAUCCAUCGGCGCACAAAUUCUAUCAAUCCGUGGGAUUUCAACCACUCGGAAAACGUAGUUUUGGACCGGACGAGUGCCUCGUACAUCGAGUGACGCGACAACAGUAUUACGCAAAACACCCAAAGAACCCACAAAAGCACAAUGAAUGA